UUCAGAGCGUGAGAAUAGCCGACAGGAUGAGGGACAGGGACAGAUCUCUAGAAGACGUCCGGGAGCCCGAGCGCGUCGAACCCGUCACCACCAUCGUCCUCAACUGCUGCAACCUUGGUCAGCUGAUGAGAUGAGAUCCACAGAUUUGGAUGGAUGAGGACGCCCAGUGGUAUGGUGUGUGUAUGCGUCUGCCGGUCUGUGCGUCAGGUCGCGACUAUGCCUUCUCCAAGUUGAGUGCGAGCCCUCCGCCUACGAAUUUCGACUGGAACGGCGUGCGGAAGGCUUUGGAGUACUACGACAGCCGCAAGAAGAAGGCCAAGAUCAUGGGCAUCGUCACCCACCGCAUUCUCAGAGACCACCCUGUGAGGUGCCAGCCAGAUACGAUGGAUGGAUGGAUGGAUGUGUGAAAAGAAUCUGUGUGUGUGUUGUUGUUGUGUUGUGCAGCUGCCGAAGGACCUGCUUCAGAGGAAGUUCAUUCGUGCCGAGUGGAGCGACGCGCCGACGAGAGAUCUGCCGGAUGUGGACAUGACGAGCACACUGAGGACUGGUGAGGCUCGGUGCGGGAAGACGCACAGAAAGAAAUCCCUCUCGCUCACCGUGUGUUGUGUGUGAUCAGCACAGGAGCACGACGCUCAAUUCGUGUGCAACGACGAGUACCUCUGCUGGGAGGAAGACCCACCCAACGACAUCAGGAAGUUCAUCAUUGGGUCAGCACGCCUCCACACAAACGCACCUCCACACACUCGUGUCGCUAUACCGUUUGUUUGUGUGUGUGCUUGUGCUGCCGACAUCUGUCUGAUUCAUGUCAGCAAGGGUGCGUCCCACCAGGUUCAGUAUUUGUUUCUGCCGAGCGGUCACUUCAUGCCCAGCCAAAUCCCGUGGCCUGAGGGGCCGCCCAACCCGCCGCCACACCUGCCCAACAGAACCGCUAGAGGCGCACACACAUACCGACAGGUGAGCAGGUGGGGUGGGUGGCAAGGGUGGUGGAGAGUGGAUGGGUGUGUAUGUGUGUGUUGUGUGUGUGUUGUGUGUGGUGCAGUGUUUCAUGACGCGUGACCGUUUGUCGACCAUGCUGCGCGAUGCCCAAGUGAGCCUCAGCAAGGCCGACGAGGAGCAACUUCUGCAGAAACUCAACAACAUAGAGGUGAGGCCACCCAGCCACAACCCCUCUACACACACACACACACACACACACAUACACACACUGCUGGCACGAGUGUGCUGUGUGCUGUGCGUUGUAUGGGUCAGAUGGAUUUGAUGAUCGACCCCAACACCGACCCCCGCCCGACGUUGUCCAAGAACGUGGCCGCCACCGUGUACGAGCGGGCCCUCGAGUCGGGCGUCGGUGAUGUAGAACCGGUGGGUUCCUUCAACGCACCCAACACGACGCCACAGCACACCCCUUUGAAUCUGUGUGUUAUGUUCGUUGUGUGUGGCAGUUAGAGUGCGUGGCGUUUCUGCUGCACUCGCAGGCCAUAGUGCAGCACAUCUACAUGGACGUAAGGACGGACGGAUACACAGACAUACAUAUAUACGCGCAGCGAGGCAGCCGACAGGCCAAAGGAAGAAAUGACGUGUGGUGUGGUAUGGUCCGUGGUCUGCUGUGUGUGUGGUGUGCAGGUGUAUGCGGAGGUGACAGUGCGGCUGGCGGAGUACUUCGACUCCAAAAUGAGCUCCAAAAACUUCGCAAAGUAUAGGCAUUUAGGGAGGGUGGCUCACACGCAGCCAUCCAUCCAUCCAUGCAUCCAUCGGGCAUGCACAUAUGUGUGGUGUGGUGUGUGUGGUCAGGUUGGUGGUGCGUCAGUGCGAGCAGUGUUUCGAGGAGGAGGGCAUCAAGGGCGCCCUCUGCGUUAGCGGAAUGAGUACACGCACACACACUGACCCACACACAACAGUACAGUACAAUGCCACAGACACAUCUUCUGUCUGUCUGUUCCUCUCUCUGAUCAGACGACCGCAGCACCCCCACGUGUUUCAACUUCGUCCGACGCCUGCUCGGCACACUCAAACUGCUCGGUCGGGCCGGUGCACACACCACACACAACACAUGACACGUGUCCGUCCAGUCCAUGGUCACUCGUCAUUUUCGUCGAAUGCAUUUCGUCUGUCGCUGCUGAAUGAAUGUGUUGAUUCGUUCGUUCGUUCGUUCAGGUCGUCUGAUAGCGAAUGGUGUGUGUCAGCAGCCGUCCGUCGUCUUCGACAUCGCCCGGAGCGUCCAGACCGUCGGAGGCGAAAACUGGAAGGCCGAAUGGCACCUGGUCCGGGGGAUGUGAUGUGCACAGGCAGACAGACAGAGGAUGCUCACACGGUGGUGGUGUGUUCUUCUAAUUUGCAGGAGGGUUUGUGUGCGUUGCUGGCCUCCGUGACCUCCAUGCUGGCCAAGGACGUACGCAGCGUACAACGACCCUCUUUAUCUCGUGUGAUUCAGCUGAUGUGUGUAUGUGUGUGUGGUGUGUGUUUCCCUUGGCAGCCUGUUCGCGUGAAGGAUUUGGACGAGGUCUACAACAAGCUGACGCAGCUGAGCAACAGCAUCGACAGGAAGCGCAAACAACACAUCAAAGACCUCAUCAAAGUCACUCACCGACACACACGCGCACCAUGAUCGAUAUGCAUCUCUGUAUGUGUGGGUGCAGGUCGUCCGCGACAUCCGUGCCAGCUGCGCCAAGGCCACCCCCGCGCAGGCGUCCGAUAGCCCAGGCGCCUCACCAGCUGCAGCGUCGUCAAGUGCGGCGCGUGUGCCCUCCCAGUGACUGACCGACCGAAGCGUCGCUAUAGCAUAGUGUAGUCGAAUGAAUGACUGUAUGUAGAGAAGCCCGCCUAGGCCCGCCACACACUGACGGGUGGUUGGUGACCAGUGCUUUCCUGGGUGGCUAUGUGUGUGAAUAGGGGAGGGAGAGAGCGGCGCAUGUGUGCGAGUGAGUGUGUACGGUCCUUCACGAUGGCGUGUGAGUUUACGAUUGGC